GUGCAAGACAAAACGUCCAACGUGCACAAUCCAUGUCGACGAUGCAUCUGUGCCUUGGAACGAACGCCGUGACGCUAUGGCUCCUCCUGGCGGUGACGGUGACGCUUAGCAUAGCCCAAGUCGAUCACACUCUUCUCAUCCAGCAAGAUCUCAGUGAAACAUUUUGCCCUGUGUGCAACAUGGUGGUGCAACCAAAACCGAACCAACUUUUGCGUGGAAGUCAAGUGCUAUACGCGUGCAAAAUGGCAGGCCAUCUCAAGCAACUCGUGUCGAAUCCCAAAUCGUUUGUACGUGAGAUUUCCGCCAUUUCGACCUUGCCAGCACCGUACGCCAACUCCACCGUCGCCUGCCCCGUCUGCCAUGAUAGCAGUAUCACUCACGCUGUUCACUUGGGGCCUCACGGCAACCAGAUGAUCUUUGCAUGCUCCGAGCACCAUGCGUCGACCAUUUCAACAAAUCCCGCGGACGUCUUCAUUUACUCCCCGUCCAACGACACAAGUGCGUACUGCCAAGGAGCUACGACCAUGUACGACGGCUUCCAGUCUGCGUUUCACGGCAUUUGCCCGCGAUUGCUCUUUCCACGGUGGGUGUUGAACUCGGAAGUCAAGUACGGUGUCGGCUUUCUCGGCAUUGUCCUCAUGGGCAUGCUGCUCGAAUGGUGGGUGGAGUUUCAAGACAGAUUGCAGCGACGCUUCGUAAGUUCGGUGGGUUUGCCCAUGUCGGAAGCGACUGCGAGGGACGAGAAACUCUACGACGUGGAGAAUUCGACGUUGGAAGAUAAACUCCUGCCUGUGGAACAACGGCCGCUGCGACGACGGUCCCUGCCACUGCGUGCCAAGGCGGUUCUCGCGACGUCGUACACGGGCAUGAUGGCUCUCGCGUACUUCCUCAUGCUCGUCGUCAUGAGCUACGAGUCGGGCUUCUUCAUCGCAGCGCUCUUGGGGGUAGGACUCGGCUUCUUCUUCUUCCGCGACGUGGAUACCGCGAAUCCUUCCAGCAACCCCGAUCCAUGUUGUAGCACUUAAAACUCGCAUGAUCUGUCGUUGUCUGGUGUUGCCAACCCCGACGGUCCGUCACCCACCCAAGCCACCCUUCCAUUGUGCUGAAGUUGCCGACCAGCGCAAGCGUAGGCCGAGACCGCUCCUCAUCGCACUCUGCGCACCAACUCCUUCAGUCGCCAUUGUGUGCCAUGGCCGUGGACAUGUUGGUCCUUCAACUGUCGGGAAUGCCACGUAAUUUUAUCCGGACACACUGGCAUCGACGAGACGCUGUUGAAGGAGACACCACACUCGAUGACGAUGUCCUGUGGCGAAUAGGAUAUGCAGGAUGAGGACGACUUCGGAUCAUGUCCGAGGCCUCGCGAGUGGGGAGCGUUGUCUACCGAAGAUCAUGGGGGCACAUACAGUCUGUUCCAUCAAUGACAUCAGGAAAAACUCGGCAUAUGUCGUGCCUAUGUCAACAGCAAAUGCGAGGAUAGGACCAAGCGACUCGAUGUCGUGCAUCCAGUACCUUGAAUCCCG